AUGAAGGAUUGUCCGUUCUACUACGCGGUCUUCGUCGAGCGAAAUAUUUUCUUCCAGUUUGAUCCGCAAAGGACGGGAAAGAUAUCAAUAUUGGAGCUCGCCUCGACACGAGCGUUGGAUGACCUUUUUGAGGUGUUAAGUAAACAGAAACGCAAACCUGCCGAUAAAUCAUGGGAUACGUCAUCUUCUUGGUGCUCACUGAGCAGAUUUUGGAAAGCCCUGGAGCAGUUUCGUUUAUGUGAUAGAGACGGUUCUGGAAUGUUGUCUCUGGAGGAAUGUCGUGGAUUGAGGGAGGGUACAAUCACACCUCUGUUUUUGGAACGAGUGUUUGCAAAUCAAAUGUUAUACGGCGACCAGCCUCCCCACGAGAUGGAUUUCCGUGGAUUCGUGGACCUCGACGCUGCGAUUACCUGGAAAAGUGUUCAAAGCAUGCUAUUGAAUCUGUCCACGGUGGAGAACUGGUCAAUGAGUUACAACGCCGAUGACAUUGUGGACGAGAUUAUCGAUAUGAUAAAUCCAGCUGAAGAGAAUAGGAUUUUGGUCGAAGACGUGAUUAACUGCAACAUGGCGGAGUCAGCGCUAGGUAUCCUCGUCGACUACGUCUCUUUUCUGAAAUACGAAAAUCGUGAAGAGGAUGCGGCUAAUUAA